GCAAUAGCAGUUAUCUACAACACAGCAUCAUUUUGAACUGACGGUGGUACGUCGUGGGAAUUACUGAAAGUAUUCUUAAGUGAUUUAAACAUUUAGUCUUCCGCUAUCAACAGACCUGCUCUAACCAGUAGCCAAAUAAGGAGUUGUCAACUGUAAAGAUUCAUCAUGGCAGCACUUACCGGCUCUGCUGUCGGUGACAUAGGCAUUCUGCUUUUCUCUCUACUGGUUGCUGUCUACCUCUACUAUGUCAAUAAGUUUACCUAUUGGAAGCGUAGGGGUGUCAUGACUCCAAAACCAAUCCCUUUGUUUGGAAACUUCCUCAUGCCAAUGUUACAGAAACGAUCUCCUGGACAAAUUUUACAAGAUGUGUACAAGGCUGGAGAGGGACAACCAUAUGUUGGCUUCUACAUCUUUGGCAGGCCUGCAAUUGUGAUCCGUGACCCAGACAUUAUCAAACAUAUUUUGGUGAAGGACUUCAAUAUCUUUGCUGACCGUCAUGCUUCUACAUCAAAAAGUGAUACUCUGGGUGCCCAGAAUCUGUUUAUACUGAAUGGUGAACCAUGGAAGUAUCUCCGUAUGAAACUGUCACCCACAUUCACAUCUGGACGCAUGAAGAAAAUGUUCCCUCUGGUUACAAACUGUGCCACAGAGUUGGUGGACCACCUGUUGGAUAAUUUUGGAGAGAAAGAGCCCGUUGAGGUGAAGGAGACAACAGCCAAGUAUGCGACAGAUGUGAUAUCGACUUGUGCAUUUGGAAUUGGGUCCAACUCGCUUAAAGAUCCUAAAGCAGAUUUCAGAAAAUUUGGGAAGAAGAUAUUUCAUUUCACAUGGUUUCGCACUCUGGAAAUAUUAGGUCUCUUCUUUGUUCCUUCACUUAUGUCUUUUCUACAUGGACGUUUCUUCUCAAAGGACGCAACCGAGUUCCUUCGGAAGGCUUUCUGGGACGUAAUUGAUUAUCGGGAGAGCAACAAAAUUGUUCGAGAAGAUUUUCUUAACUUGCUGAUACAGCUAAAGAACACUGGUCACAUUGAGGGUAGUGAGACUGAAGAAAAGAAUGGCCUAAAAGAGGACAAAAGCUCAUCACUCUUUGAGUUCAGUGGGGACAAUCUGGUGGCCCAGCCAGCAAUUUUCUUCACAGCUGGAUUUGAAACCAAUGCAACAACCAUGAGCUUCACACUGUAUGAGUUAGCCCUCCAACCUCAACUCCAGAAGCGACUUAGAACAGAAAUUGCUGAGGUCAUGAAUAAGACCAAUAGAUCACCAACAUAUGAAGAUGUCAUGAACAUGAAGUAUCUUGGAAUGGUUGUUUCAGAGACUCUUCGGAAGUACCCGCCACUACCCCUGCUGGACCGGAUUUGUCUCCAGGACUACAAUGUUCCAGGUUCAGACCUAAUCAUAGAGAAGAAUACACCAGUGUUCAUCGCUCUACUGGGACUCCACAGGGAUCCUGAAUAUUACCCUGACCCUGAGUUCUAUGACCCUCAGAGGUUUGAGGAGGAAAGCAAGAGGCUGCAGAAACCAUUCACCUACCUUCCCUUUGGAGAUGGCCCCCACAAUUGCAUUGGUCGGAGAUUUGGCCUCAUGGCAGUGAAGACAGCACUGGUUCACAUUCUGUACCAGUUUGAAGUAAAGCCUUGCAAAGACACACCAAUACCAUUGGUUAUGAGUACAAGAGCCAGUGUGCUGGCAACAGUGAGUGGUAUCCCACUCAUAUUCACCAGGUCAAAAGCAUAGAUUCUUUGACACUGACAGAUUUUAUAGCUGUUGCCAGCUUCAUCAUAUGGUGAGGUUCAUGAAUUGAUUCAUUGCAAGUAUCUGAAACCAGAUGCCCAGAUUUAUUUGAAAGAAUUAUAUCAAAAGAAAAAAAAAAGGGGGGGGGGGAAAGAAUUUUAUGAUAUUCACUUUAUGCCAUAAACUGCUUCAAUAUCCACAUCAAAGUGCAAUCUACACAGAGAAGUAAAUAGUUAUCUUAAUUCUGUCAUGACAGUAAAGCAGUCCCGUUACAUCCAAAUGUUGAUACUCAGCCCUAGAAAUGGGUAAGUGGUCAGCAGUAUGCCCUGGCCAUGCUUUACCCCUGAAAAAGUACCCUGGUACCAUUGGACAGGAGGCUGAGUGGACUCCAGAGCUGAUCUGGAUGCAGAGGCUAGAAGAAAGUCCUCUGCCUCUGUCGGGGAUCAAACCCUGAUGACCACAGUACUGACUGAGCUACCUGGCAUUCUCAGUCAUGAUCAAAAAUAUAUUUAAUCUGUACUGCAAACAAGUUACCACACUGUAUGGAGCAGAGUAAGUUCAUGUGAAGCUGAUGGUCACUCAACUGGACAAGAAAAUUCCUAUUUUAAAUAUCUUUAUUAGGGUUGGCCAGGAUAAGAAACAGUCUUUUCCAGAUGAUGAGGUAUAAUAUGGGAUCUAAUGUCAGAUAACAAUUCAAUUCUUAUAUAUUUAAUUUCAGAAUUAUGUAAAGGACUCAUAGUAUUAAGUCCAGAAUUGUUUGUUUAUGGGGUGUGAGUAGUAUAAUAGUGUAGUAGUAUUCUUUGUGAUAGAAAGAGAAACUAAAGAUGUCUUUUGGCACAUCCCAAUCUUUUCACCUUUUCUUUACCGCAUUUCUCAUUAUUUAAUCCUUAACAAUGAAAAAUAAGACACCCAUUUUACUCCACAAGCAGCUUCAAUAAUGUUUGUAUGUAAUCCCUUGUAGAUUUCAUAAUAGUGCCCAGUAGUAAUUUUGAUGCAUAAAUUUGAUCAAAUUAACUAUUAUUCCUGGUAUUACAACUUUUGAUAUUAAAUACCAUGUAAAUUCUCUUGACUGGAUCAAAAGCUUUUCAAAACAUUUCAAGAUGAAAUAUAAGGAACUCCUCGAUAUCUUGCUUUAUUGACAUAGUUCUUAAUGUGUUAAUCAUCAAAUAGGUGGGUUAGGCCCGCCCAGUAAUGUAAUUGGCAUCAUUUCCUAUUUUGAGAAUUUUAGCAAUUAUUAAACCUUUUCUUGUCAUCACUUGGUGGUGAUACCUGUUCUUAUAUUUCUUUCAGGGUUGUUUAUAAUAAAUUUAUUUCUUAUUGACAUGUAUUUUUUUGAAAUGUUUGGUGAAAGCAAACGAUAGAAGAAUGUGGACAAGAAUCUGUGCCAUAAUUGUAGAGUAACAGCAUUUUUAGUCACCGUUAAAAAAUUUAUGAAAGAAUUUUGUUUGCUAAAUACAAAUAUACUAGCAGAUUGUAUUUUUUUGCACACAAACACUUGUAUGUUUACAAGCUUUGUGUGUGUGUUCCUGGGUCACAAAUAAGAAAAAAUGUUCCUAUGAA